AAUGGUGAGGCUACUAUGGAAGGAGGGGGAAACUUAAGUAAUUUGAGAAAGGGUGCAUUGAGUCCUGAGCUAGUUGCUUUGUCAUCUCAAGUAAGAUGUUGUUCUGCUGCUCUUGUUUCCACUGGAGCUGCUCCUCAUAACUCAUUCUCCACAGAGGAGUCACAUUGUCAGCCAGUCUCUCUUCCCAGGAGAGAGUAUGCCAGUCAGCAGGCUGCGUCUAUGGGGUCAGCAAAGAGAUCAGUCAUCAGUUCCGCCGUCGCAAUGGAAUCAAACAAGGACGAAGCGGAGCGCUGCAUCGAAAUAGCCAUCGCAGCGCUGCGAGAUAAUGAGCCCGACAAAGCCAGACGGUUCCUCGAGAAGGCACAGAGACUGUUUCCCACCGACAAGGCGAGAUCUUUACUAGAGUCUAUUGCUGAGAAUGGAGGACCUUCCACAAGUGAAGAAAACAUUAGAGAAUAUGAUGGAUUACGAAACCGAAACCACAACACUGAAGAUCACUCCUCUGGACAUGGUGCCACAGAAUCAACCAAACCAUACACAUCAGAGCAGCUGGAUGCUGUCAAAAGAAUUAAGAGAUGUAAGGACUAUUAUGAGAUUCUUGGAGUCAGUAAAGAAGCCUCUGAGGAGGAUCUGAAAAAAGCCUACCGAAAGUUGGCUCUAAAGUUUCAUCCAGAUAAAAACCAUGCGCCUGGUGCCACUGAAGCAUUUAAAGCUAUAGGUAAUGCUUAUGCAGUUCUGAGUAACCCUGAAAAAAGAAGGCAGUAUGAUGUUUAUGGUGAAGAAAAAGCCCAUCCGACUCACAGGCAUAGGACCCAUCACAGAAAUUUUGAAGCAGAUAUUUCCCCUGAGGAACUUUUCAAUAUGUUCUUUGGAGGUGGAUUUCCCACCAGUAAUGUGCAUGUGUACAGCAAUGGCAGAAUGAGGUUUGGCCAUCAACCGCGUCAAGAACGACGAGAACAACAGAGAGAAGGUGGCCUUGCCUUGUUUGUACAACUGAUGCCAAUACUCAUUCUGAUCAUAGUCUCGGCUCUCAGCCAGAUGAUGGUUUCCAGUCCUCCAUACAGCCUCAGCCACAGACCAUCCAUGGGCCACACAAACAGGCGACACACUACCACUCUGAAGGUGCCUUACUAUGUGGGCGACCACUUCUCAGAAGAAUAUACGGGGAUGAAUCUUAAGAAUGUUGAACAAAGUGUGGAGGAGGACUAUAUAUCAAACCUGAGAAACAACUGCUGGAAGGAGAAACAACAAAAGGAAGGCUUGUUGUAUCGGGCACGUUACUUUGGGGACACAGACUUAUUCCAAAGGGCACAGAAAAUGGCAACACCCAGUUGCUCAAAACUUUCAGAAAUACAGGUUCUGUUACAUGGUCACUGAGUAGCAGAAUAUAGUGUCCUGUUGAGACAUCAUUUGAAGAUGAUCACAUACAGAAAUGCUCUGUUCUCUUCGCUAAAAUGGGACAUUGCAUUGCACCAGUUCAAGAGAAGCAAAGAUAGCCCAUCCUGGUGCCACAGGGGUUCACUCUCGUCUCUCCUUCAAUAUCUGCAGAAAAUUUCAAGUCAUGGAAGAUCUUACCAUCUGUGAAAUGGUUUUAAAUAGGGAUUUAAAUAUGUAAUGAAUUAAAAACGAAGCAUUGGAUGAUUAGCUGGUAGAGAGGAAAGUACACAGCUGUUAAAUGGUAAUCAAUGCUGCUAGCUUACUGCUUUUCUUUUUUUAUUUACCCCUUUUCUUCUCAAAGCAUUUUUUUUCAAUACCAAUAUUUGGGUUUUCUGAGCCAGUUCUGAAAUGUCUAGUAGUGUUUGAUCCAUUUAUCUGACCACAGGAAGUCAAAUGAUUAUUCCGGUGUCAUUCAGCAUUCAGUGAAUUGUUCACUGUGGUUUUGCCUGUUGGAUUUUUAAAAAGAAUGUUUGAUAUUUAUGCAAAUGGAAAACUAAUAAUUGUAUUUAUUAAAUAGUAUCAUACUA